AUGAGAUUCGGACUUGCAAAAAAGUUGCCGUUUUCAGCGACGCAUUGCGCUCAGUUGGUAAAAAAAGCGGAGUGGGAAAAUUUUAUUUGUAUUUCGAGCGUUUCGGACAUCGAAAAACGCAGAAGUCUCUUCGCUCUUCGAGCUUUUAACAUCGCGAUUCUUACUUCGAUUGAAAAAGUCUCUCAACCGGCGUUUGCUCAAGCUAGAAUCACGUUUUUGAAAACGGGCUUGGCGGAUAUCUACGCGAAAGAUAAGGCUCACGCUGAGCAUCCGAUCUUGGAUGAGUUAAAUUUUGCUGUUGAGAAGCAUAAAUAUCCAAAAGCUUGGCUCCAGCGACUAAUUUCCGAGCGGCUAAAGGACGACCGUCUAACAAAACAGCCUUUUGAAACCCUAAAAGACUUCGAAAAAUACCACGAAUCGACGACCGGUUCUUUAUGGCUCCUCUCCCUCAUGUCCGCCAAUGUCAAAGAUGUCAAUGUCGAUGUGGCGGCUAAACACGCGGCUAGAUGUAUAGCUCUGGCGAAUAUUUUGAGAGCUCAAGCGAUUAUGAAAACGAGGGAGAUUUUGAUCCCUCUUGAGUUUAUUGCCGCACAUAAAGUGGAUAUGAGAAGAUUAGUAGAAAAGAAAAAUGAUGAGAAAAUGGAAGAGAUGAUUUUUGACAUCGCUACCGUGGCUCAUGCUAAUCUGACGAAAGUUCAGUCCCUCAGGAGCAAAAUUCCAGCGCCAGCGCACGAUAUCUUCAGACAACUAACUGGAGCUGAAAAUUACCUGAAAAACUUGGAAGCAAAAAAUUUCAACCUCUUUGAUCCAUCUUUGUCUGUUAGAAACGACUUUCUAGCGCUUCAACUUUUGAAAAAGAAGAUGAAGCGGCAGUUUUAA